AUGCAACCUUUGUUACCAACAUCGACUAUGUACGUGAUCAUGAAGUCAAUUCCUAUUAACGCUAAUGAAGAUUUAUUUCAUUCUUCUUUCCUUACUUUGUUGAUAACGCUGAUGUAUGUUGCAAUGAUCAAGCGACAAAAUAUUCUUUUCCCUUCCUCGAUGUCUGCCAAGUUCAUUGGCAAUCAGAUGUCUUUCGAAAAAAAAAUUAUAAAUACAAAAGAAACAAAAAACCAGAUUUCUCAGAAUUGUUUACCAUCAAAACUAUGA